UCCAUCUAACUAGCUUGUGCCCAUAUAUCUGCUAGGAGAGACGCACAAUUUCUCUAUUUUUUUAUUUUUUUUCCUGGAAGGGGACGCCUGUGAAUGGCAUAUUGUGCCGGCGGCGGGUAAGCGCCACGGCUUUUGGGUGCGUGCCGUUCCUGAGCAUUACGACACCCAUUCCUGGUUCCUUUGACUGUUCUCCGGCGGCGGCGGGCGGCGGCGAGAAAGGCAAGAGAAGUGCUUUCGCUUGUGCAGCCAUGGCCGAGCGCCGCGCCUUCGCCCAGAAGAUCAGCAGAACUGUAGCAGCUGAAGUUCGGAAGCAGAUUUCAGGGCAAUAUGGUGGAUCACCACAGCUUCUCAAGAACCUUAAUAUUGGAGGCAGCAUUUCCCAUCAUACAAGUGUGCCUCUUACUGAGCCUGUGGAUCCAGUUGAUUUGGAAGAUUACCUUCUAACACAUCCACUGGCAGUGGAGCCUGGUCAUUUGAGAGACUUACUUGAAUUCCCUUCUGAUGAUAUUGAAGUUAUCUACAGUCCUCGAGAAUGUAGGACACUUGUGACUUCUGUACCUGAAGAGAGUGAAAUGGACCCCCAUGUGAGGGAUUGUGUGAGAAGUUACACAGAAGAUUGGGCCAUUGUGAACAGAAAGUAUCACAAGCUGGGAACUGGAUUCAACCCCAACACAUUAGAUAAGCAGAAGGAGCGGCAGAAAGGUCUGCCGAGACAAAUCUUUGAAUCUGAUGAAGCUCCGGAUGGCAACAAUUACCAGGAUGAACAAGAUGACCUUAAAAGACGGUCUAUGUCAAUAGAUGAUACACCGCGGGGGAGCUGGGCUUGCAGUAUUUUUGACCUAAAAAACUCCCUCCCAGAUGCUUUGCUUCCAAACCUCCUGGAUCGAACUCCAAAUGAAGAAAUUGACCAUCAAAAUGAGGAUCAGAGAAAGUCCAACCGGCACAAGGAGCUUUUUGCUUUGCAUCCAGCCCCGGAGGAGGAGGAGCCAAUCGAAAGGCUUGGCAUUCCUGAAAUCCCCAAGGAACACUUUGGUCAGAGGCUUCUUGUGAAGUGUUUGUCUUUAAAAUUUGAAAUUGAAAUAGAGCCAAUUUUUGCAAGCUUGGCACUGUAUGAUGUUAAAGAAAAGAAAAAGAUUUCAGAGAAUUUCUAUUUUGAUUUAAAUUCGGAACAAAUGAAAAACAUGUUACGUCCUCAUGUCCCACCUGCUGCCAUAACUACGCUGGCCCGCUCAGCCAUCUUUUCUAUAACAUACCCCUCUCAAGAUGUCUUUCUGGUAAUAAAGUUGGAAAAGGUAUUACAGCAAGGAGAUAUUGGGGAGUGUGCAGAGCCAUAUAUGAUUUUAAAAGAAGCAGAUGCUGCAAAGAAUAAGGAAAAACUGGAAAAGCUGAAAAGCCAGUCAGAACAAUUUUGCCAAAGACUUGGCAGGUAUCGUAUGCCUUUUGCCUGGACAGCCAUUCAUUUAAUGAAUAUAGUCAGCAGUGCUGGAAGCUUGGAGAGAGACUCUGCAGAAAUGGAAAUUGCCACUGGAGAACGCAAAGGAUCUUGGUCAGAAAGAAGGAAUUCUAGCAUUGUUGGCAGGCGUUCUUUGGAAAGGGUCACUAGUGGGGAUGAGGCCUGCAACCUGACUAAUUUUAGACCAGCUACUCUCACAGUGACAAACUUCUUUAAACAGGAAGGCGAUCGUCUGAGUGAUGAAGACUUGUACAAGUUUCUUGCUGAUAUGAGAAGGCCAUCUUCUGUUUUACGGAGGCUUAGAUCCAUCACAGCUCAGUUGAAAAUAGAUAUUUCUCCAGCCCCAGAGAACCCACAUUACUGUCUAACUCCAGAGCUGCUUCAAGUGAAACUUUACCCUGAUAGCAGAGUUCGACCAACAAGAGAGAUCCUGGAGUUUUCUGCAAGGGAUGUAUAUGUUCCAAACACAACAUACAGAAAUAUUCUAUAUGUCUAUCCUCAAAGCCUUAACUUUGCCAAUCGCCAAGGAUCUGCUCGGAAUAUCACUGUUAAAGUUCAGUUUAUGUUUGGAGAGGAUCCAAGCAAUGCAAUGCCGGUAAUCUUUGGAAAAUCCAGCUGUGCUGAAUUUUCAAAAGAAGCAUACACAGCCGUUGUUUAUCAUAACAGAUCGCCUGACUUUCAUGAAGAAAUGAAGAUUAAGCUCCCUGCCACAUUAACUGACCAUCACCACUUGCUUUUCACUUUUUAUCAUGUCAGUUGCCAACAAAAACAAAACACUCCGCUGGAGACUCCUGUUGGAUACACGUGGAUACCUAUGCUCCAGAAUGGACGGUUGAAGACUGGUCAGUUCUGCCUUCCUGUUUCCCUGGAGAAGCCACCACAGGCUUAUUCUGUGCUCUCUCCAGAGGUGCCCCUGCCCGGAAUGAAGUGGGUAGAUAAUCAUAAGGGAGUUUUUAACAUAGAAAUAAUUGCUGUGUCAACCAUUCAUACACAGGACCCUUACCUUGACAAAUUCUUUGCCCUUGUGCAUGCCCUGGAUGAGCACAUGUUUCCUGUGCGGAUAGGUGACAUGAGAAUUAUGGAAAACAACUUGGAAAAUGAAUUAAAGAGCAGCAUUUCAGCUUUGAAUGCAUCUCAGCUGGAGCCUGUGGUGCGAUUUCUCCAUCUCCUGCUUGACAAACUGAUCCUUUUGGUUGUAAGACCUCCUAUUAUUGCAGGCCAAAUAGUCAAUCUGGGUCAAGCAUCUUUUGAAGCCAUGGCUUCUAUUGUAAAUAGACUGCACAAAAAUUUAGAAGGAAACCAAGACCAACAUGGAAGAAACAAUCUCCUCGCUUCAUAUAUUUAUUAUGUAUUUCGCUUACCAAAUACAUCUCCCAAUUCACCAUUGCCAGGUCCGGGUGGUUUAGGAGGAUCAGUGCAUUAUGCUACUAUGGCUCGUUCAGCUGUCAGGCCAGCAAGUCUCAACCUGAAUCGUUCCAGAAGCCUCAGUAACAGCAACCCAGAUAUAUCUGGAACUCCAACUUCACCUGAUGAUGAAGUACGGUCAAUUAUUGGGAGUAAGGGCUUAGAUCGCUCCAAUUCCUGGGUAAAUACUGGUGCUCCAAAAGCUGCCCCAUGGGGAUCCAACCCCAGUCCAAGUGCAGAGACUACACAGGCUACCGAUCGAAGUUGUAAUCGCAUGUCUUCGCACACUGAGUCGACAAGUUUCUUACAAACAUUAACAGGACGAUUACCAACUAAAAAGCUUUUUCAUGAAGAACUAGCCUUACAGUGGGUUGUUUGCAGUGGAAGUGUCCGUGAGGCAGCCCUUCAGCAGGCAUGGUUCUUCUUCGAGCUUAUGGUGAAAAGUAUGGUACAUCAUUUGUAUUUUGCUGACAAACUCGAUGCACCAAGGAAGAAUCGUUUUCCAGAGCGCUUCAUGGAUGACAUAGCUGCUUUGGUCAGCACAAUUGCCAGUGAUAUAGUCUCUCGCUUUCAGAAGGAUAUGGAAAUGAUUGAAAGGCUCAACACUAGUUUAGCAUUCUUUCUCAAUGAUCUGUUGUCAGUCAUGGACAGAGGAUUUGUCUUUAGCCUUGUUAAGGCUUACUACAAACAGGUGUCAUCCAAACUGUACUCCUUGCCAAACCCAAACACUCUUGUGUCCUUGAGGCUGGAUUUCCUCCGGAUUGUCUGCAGCCAUGAGCACUAUGUUACUCUGAAUUUACCAUGCAGUCUUCUGACACCACCAGCAUCUCCAUCACCUUCAGUGUCCUCAGCAACAUCUCAGAGUUCUGGAUUUUCAACAAAUGUCCAGGAUCAGAAGAUUGCCAACAUGUUUGAACUGUCCCUGCCUUUCCGCCAGCAGCACUACCUGGCAGGACUGGUGCUUACUGAGCUGGCUGUCAUUUUAGAUCCCGAUGCAGAAGGUUUAUUUGGAUUACAUAAGAAAGUCAUCAAUAUGGUACACAACUUGCUGUCGAGCCAUGACUCCGACCCUCGGUACUCUGACUCACAGGUAAAGGCCAGGGUGGCUACUCUGUACCUGCCCUUGAUUGGCGUGAUCAUGGAGAGUCUGCCCCAGCUUCAUGAUUUCACAGAAAGUCACAAUCAGCGUGGAAGACCAAGUUGCACAGCAUUAGAGGACUAUGAGGGUGAUGGCGGGAACAUGAUAAGCCAGACAGUUGCUAUGGCCAUUGCAGGAACCUCUGUCCCUCAGCUUACCCGGCCCAGCAGUUUUCUCCUCACCUCAUCGACCAACAGGCAGCACUCAUUUUCAGCUGAGUCAAGCCGGAGCCUUUUGAUCUGUCUCUUGUGGGUUCUGAAGAAUGCCGACGAAAGCGUCCUGCAAAAAUGGUUCACAGACCUCUCUGUGCUGCAGCUAAACCGCUUGUUGGACUUGCUCUAUCUCUGUGUUUCCUGCUUUGAAUACAAGGGUAAGAAAGUGUUUGAAAGAAUGAACAGUCUGACAUUUAAGAAGUCAAAAGAUAUGAGAGCAAAGCUUGAAGAAGCAAUACUGGGAAGCAUUGGAGCAAGGCAAGAAAUGGUACGGCGAAGCCGGGGCCAGCUGGAAAGAAGUCCUUCUGGGAGUGCAUUUGGAAGUCAAGAGAACCUAAGAUGGAGAAAGGAUAUGACUCAUUGGCGGCAGAACACAGAAAAACUUGACAAAAGCCACAAACCAACCAGAUCACGAGCAGAAAUAGAACACGAGGCACUUAUUGAUGGCAAUUUGACAACAGAAGCAAAUCUGAUUAUUUUGGAUACUUUAGAGAUAAUAGUCCAGACAGUCUCUGUGACCGAAUCCAAAGAAAGUAUUCUUGGUGGAGUGCUGAAGGCUCUUUUACAUAGCAUGGCCUGCAAUCAAAGUGCUCUUUAUUUACAACACUGUUUUGCAACUCAGAGGGCCUUGGUUUCAAAGUUCCCUGAACUUCUGUUUGAAGAGGAGACAGAGCAGUGUGCCGACUUAUGCCUUCGACUUCUCCGCCACUGUAGCAGUAGUAUUAGCACCAUACGCUCACAUGCCAGUGCCUCUCUGUACCUCCUUAUGAGGCAAAAUUUUGAGAUUGGGAAUAACUUUGCCAGAGUGAAAAUGCAGGUGACCAUGUCACUCUCAUCCCUAGUGGGAACAUCUCAGAAUUUUAAUGAGGAGUUUUUGAGACGUUCUCUGAAGACCAUUUUAACCUAUGCUGAAGAGGACCUGGAAUUAAGGGAGACAACAUUCCCUGAUCAGGUCCAAGAUCUUGUGUUCAACCUCCAUAUGAUCCUUUCUGAUACAGUUAAAAUGAAAGAGCACCAAGAAGAUCCAGAGAUGCUAAUUGACUUGAUGUACAGAAUUGCAAAGGGCUACCAGAACUCUCCAGACCUGCGACUUACUUGGCUACAGAACAUGGCUGGGAAGCACUCUGAGAGGAGCAACCAUGCAGAAUCUGCGCAGUGUUUGGUCCAUUCUGCAGCCCUUGUUGCUGAAUACUUAAGCAUGCUUGAAGAUCGAAAAUAUCUCCCUGUAGGAUGUGUUACAUUUCAGAACAUCUCCUCAAAUGUUUUAGAAGAAUCUGCAGUUUCUGAUGAUGUUGUGUCACCAGAUGAAGAAGGGAUAUGCUCUGGAAAGUAUUUUACGGAAGCAGGUCUGGUUGGAUUGCUGGAGCAAGCCGCAGCCUCUUUCUCCAUGGCUGGCAUGUAUGAAGCAGUAAACGAGGUUUACAAAAUUCUUAUUCCAAUUCAUGAAGCUAACAGAGAUGCCAAGAAACUGGCCACAAUUCAUGGUAAACUCCAGGAGGCAUUCAGCAAAAUAGUUCACCAGAGUACAGGCUGGGAGCGGAUGUUUGGCACAUACUUCCGUGUUGGUUUUUACGGGACUAAAUUUGGAGACCUGGAUGAGCAGGAAUUUGUUUACAAGGAACCUGCAAUAACAAAACUGGCUGAAAUUUCUCAUCGAUUAGAGGGGUUUUAUGGAGAAAGGUUUGGUGAAGAUGUUGUUGAGGUUAUUAAGGACUCCAAUCCUGUUGACAAAUGUAAAUUAGAUGCCAACAAGGCCUAUAUACAAAUAACCUAUGUGGAGCCCUACUUUGACACAUAUGAAAUGAAGGACAGGAUAACUUACUUUGACAAGAACUACAAUUUGCGACGAUUCAUGUACUGUACACCCUUCACGCUAGAUGGCAGAGCUCAUGGUGAGCUUCACGAGCAGUUCAAGAGGAAGACAAUCUUAACAACGUCACAUGCUUUCCCUUACAUCAAAACCAGGAUAAAUGUCAUUCAUAAGGAAGAGAUAAUUUUGACACCCAUUGAAGUUGCCAUUGAAGACAUGCAGAAAAAGACCCAAGAAUUGGCUUUUGCAACACAUCAAGAUCCAGCAGAUCCAAAGAUGCUCCAGAUGGUGCUUCAGGGGUCAGUAGGCACAACAGUAAAUCAGGGACCGCUAGAGGUUGCACAGGUGUUCUUGUCUGAAAUACCUAAUGAUCCUAAACUCUUCCGUCACCAUAACAAACUACGACUUUGUUUCAAAGACUUUACAAAAAGGUGUGAAGAUGCACUGCGCAAGAACAAAAGCCUGAUUGGUCCAGACCAAAAGGAAUAUCAGCGGGAGCUUGAAAGAAAUUACCACCGUCUCAAGGAAGCACUUCAGCCGCUGAUCAAUAGAAAAAUCCCCCAAUUAUACAAGGCUGUCCUGCCUGCUGCUUGCCACAGAGAUUCCUUCAGCAGAAUGAGCCUUCGCAAAAUGGACAUCUAAGCACUUAAAAAGGCAAUUAGGGUUUUUAAGGUACUGAAAAAGUACAGUAUUACCUACACCACAAAUUUUUUAAAAGGUUUUAUUUGGAAAUAAAACUUUGGACUUUUUUCUGGACACCUCACACAUUGGCCAAACUUUUCUUCCAAGUUGUCAAAUGCAGACUAACAGAAUAAAACAACCCCACUCCACCAACAGUAUGUCAAGUACUGUAUGCAAACAGUAUGCAAAGUGAGACUGUCAACACAGCUGUUUUUUAAAGCAUUUUUUAAUAUUCAAAGGUACUCUGAGUGUAUCAGAUAUUAUUUAUAGCAUCCUCUAAUAAAUUUCCUUUUAGUACAUAUUUUUAAUUUAUAUUAGGAACAUUUGCAAAUGCAUUCUAAGUAUUUUAAUGUAGUGUUUAUUUUAAUGGUACCAUUAAAUAUUUGAAUGUUUACACAUCUCA